AUGGCGGCUCUCCAAGUCACGUGGAAAGACAGCAGCGACACUCAGGCCUACGAAAAGGCCCGCAUUGGUCGUGUUUUCAACCAUCGCAGGCCUGAAAGAUACCCCAUUGCCGUGAUUGAAGCCACUGAGGAGUCGCACAUCGUCCAGGCGGUUCGCCUCGCCAAGGAGAGGAAAUGCAGGCUCUCAGUUCGGUCGGGUGGCCAUUCGUGGGCGGCGUGGAGCGUCAGGGAUGACGCCAUCCUGCUCGAUCUCGGCCAGUACAAGCAGAUCGACCUGGACGAGACGACAGGGAUCGUCAAGGUCUCUCCGAGUACCACCGGCCGUAUGAUCAAUGGCUUCCUCACCACCAAAGGUCUCCUCUUUGCUGGAGGCCAUUGCCCCGACGUCGGCCUUGGCGGAUUCUUACUCCAGGGUGGAAUGGGGUGGAAUUGCAAGAACUGGGGCUGGGCGUGCGAGCAGGUCGUCGGAAUCGACGUCGUGACAGCCGACGGCCAGCAGCUCCACUGCACUGAGCAGGAGAACAGCGAGUUGCUCUGGGCGGCUCGUGGUGCAGGUCCCGGCUUCCCGGCCGUCGUGACCAGGUUCUACCUCCAGACGCGGCCUGCAUACAGCUGCAUGCGAUCGUCGGCGUACAUGUACGCAAACGCCGAUUUCAAGAAGGCAAUGAACUGGAUUCUCAGCAUCACUGACACGUACGACCCCGAUACUGAGAUCGUCCUCGUCGCAAGCUACCCGCCCGACUCGGAGGAAAUCGUGCACAUGGUCCUCUUGCUCGCCUUCAAGAACGACGCCGAAGAGGCCAAAAGGGCGCUGCAGCCGGCCCAAGACAGCCACCCGCCGGGCACGGUCAACGAAUGGUUCAACCGAGAGACCAGCCUAGCAGACCAGUACAAAGACCAAGGUGCAGCCAAUCCCGAAGGCCACCGGUACCGCGUGGACAAUGCCUACCUCUCCAACGACGCCGACGUGGCUUCGGUCCUGGAAGAGGCCUUCACCACGCUGCCGACGAAGAAGACGUUCUCGCUGUGGUACUCGAUGGCGCCGGGCACGCGGCGGCCGCUGAAGGACAUGGCGCUGAGCAUGCAGACGGACCACUACUUCGCCACCUACUCCAUCUACGAGGACGCCGACGACGACGACAGGGCCAGCCGUUGGGUGGAGAAGGUCAUGGCAGGGGUGGAGAAGCACGCCGAAGGCGCAUAUCUGGGCGACUCGGACUUCCAGGUGCGCCGGACGAGGUUCUGGGGCAACGAGCAGGGCGCCAGGCUGAUGCAGCUGCGCAGGAAGUGGGACCCCGAAGGCAGGAUAUGCGGCUACCUCGACCAAGGGGACAGGUCGAGGCAGAACGGGCUGGAAAACGUGCACGAGUGGUCUCCCAAGCUCUAG